AUCUUCCAGUCAAUAAAGCCGCCGUCCGUCGGCCGGGGCGUUUGUCGCCGGUAAACUCGUGCCCACUGUUUCAUCGUCCGCCUCCGUCUUCUCUCGUGUGUGUGUGCGCGUGAGUGCAGUUCGUGCUGCUCAGGGCCAACACGGGAUCUCGGCGCUGAGUGGCGCGGCGCCGACGGCGUGAGGGACCGGUUCCUGGAGAUGAUGAUCAUCGACGGCUGCUUCGUGCUGGAGGUGAUGAAGGCCACCAAGGAGGACGGGAAACGUAAUGUCAGUGACUACGCGCCCAACGACCCCAUCUUCAGCCCCAUGGGGUGCUCUACGUACGUGAUGCGCCCUUCAUCCGGCGCGACAUGCUCAUGCUCGAGAACCAGCUGCCGUUGCUCGUGCUCUAGAGGCUCGUCGCCGUCAUGACUACACAGCUGCCGUAUAAAAUAUAAAUACUCCAAUUUGUUAUCCACGAGGAGGUUUCUGUCCCCCUCGUCCGGUUCCGGUCUGCCACCGGCCGGCGGCGACAAGCUGGGUCUCCACCCACUCGCCGUCUACCGCGGGAGCCUGGUGCAUGACGUGUACCGGCCGCCGGACUCGAGGGAUUUGCUGGACAGUGGACACCUACCGAGAAGCGACGACGAUCAUCCGGCCGGCGUCGGAGCUCCACGAGGCACGAGGCCGGGGUCCGGAUCAAGAGGAGCUGGACGGACAGCCUGCGCGACGUCCGGUUCCGGCGCGGCGUGCCGAGCCUGAGCGUGCCGGCGCUGUGCGUGGACGACUCCACCGAGUACUUGCUCCUCAACAUGACGGCGUUCGAGAGGCUCCACGCCGGCGCCGGCGGGAGCGACGUGGCGGCGUACGUGUUCCUCAUGAGCAGCGUCCUCGGCUCGGCCAGGGACGUGGCGCUGCUGCGCUCCGAGGGCAUCGUCCAGAACGCCGCCGCCGGCGGUGACGACAAGGUGGUGGCGCAGAUGUUCGAGAGGAUGUCCAAGGACGCGGUGCUCGAGCCGGAGAGCGCCAUCGUCGCUGUGCACCGGCAGGUGAACGCCUACUGCCGCCGGAGCCGGAGGCCGUGGAGGAUGUGUGGCGCUGGCGCCAGGCUUAGCCGCCGCGUGAGGGACGAGUGCUCGAGGAGUACCACGUGGGCGAUCCUCGCCGUUGUUCUGCUCGUCUUGCUCAUCGUGCAGACCAUCUACACCGCGCUGCAGUUCUACACGCUCCGACGACGUUAGCAGCGCCAUUGCUCCAAGGCUCCAAUUAAUUAAUGGGAGAUUAUUCGCAGCUUUCAUUGGUUCUUCUAGCGACAUGUAUGUAUUCGCUUGCACCAAUUGAUGUACAUUCCCAUAGAUGGAGAAUACGCCGUACGAAUUGUGACCUUUGUUAAAACAUGGAGAUUUAGUGUAAAUAAAACCAAUGAAAGAUGAAUGAUCAUUCUAUUA